AGAUUGGCGGCAUUCUCGGUUCCCCUCAGCCUCCUGUCCCAAAUUCGAUAUAUGCCUGAUCAAAUUAUCUUAUUUUUGGACACCGAGACCAACUGCCACAACUGCAAGAUUUACACAGUACGUAGGUGUAGGUUUUAGUUUUGGGCAAAGAGUUGCUCUCGAUGUAAUGCAGUGGAAAAUAAUAUUAGUUUUGAUCCCUUCAUUGUUCGGUAAAUCUCCUGCAAUAGUACUGGAUUAACUUUAACAUCUUCAUCGAGUGGCGAUUUCACCUCUCCUCUCGAAAUUGUGUUAAGAUGGCGUGCUAAUUUACGUUCUGCGUGGUACAUAGUUGGUCGAGAUCACCUGCAACUCCAUAGAGAAAUUGACAUUUUUGUGGGAAGAGAGAACCCCCACUCUUGUGUCAACACCUAGCGAGAUCGCUUGUCAAGUAGUGCUUCUGCGAGUGGACCAGGUCGUAUGCGGCGUGUCCGGCUAAUCGCACUUGAACCUCAGAUUAUAGUCGUAGUGGUGGAAAAGAAAUAGGAGCGCGAGUGUCACCACUUCAGAUUUCGCGAGUACGAGAACGAAAUAGUUGCAACAUCAGACGACUUCAUAUAGCGAGCAGUUUUUCUUACCGAUUCCGACAACAACUACCCCUGCCUCUUUCGGUCCUCGGUGGAGCUGGCAAGAAGCCCACCAUGAAUCCCGACCAGAUCCGGCAUUAUGAUGGAAAAAACCAACGACCCUUACCCGAUGCGCCGCUUAUACACAAGACGCCAGAACCUAUGCCAGCUGUGGCAUUGGGGAGGAGAUAUAACUGGGGUCAUCAAUGCGCACAAAACGGUCACUCACUUUUCCCGGUGCCAACAUAUUCCGAAUUUCAUCGAAGUACUUCUAUGCAUUGAAUUAUAUUUUUAAGACUUAGUGGGACUUCGCUUCUGCAGCUCUGAAAAGGAAAUAUAGAUGUUUUAGGAGUGAUGUUGGUCAAUGAAUAGCCAGAGGCCGUAUCGAUCUGUAACGAACAUCAGAUAGAAGAGCUCAAUGACUAGUAAUGCCGAUGGCUGAGCCCAACAUGUGCAAAGUGGAAGCGAACUCAUCUGCAAUCAGGUAUAAAUCAAAAUCCGCAAAUGGGGAAUCUUUGGAUAGACGCGUCGAAUACAUACGAGGAUGCGAGAUUAUCAACCCAGCCAUACCAUUUGGAAAAAGAUACGAGGACGAUGACCGCAUAUUCUUAUGACCGAAAAGUGCCACCAGGUACUUAUUUGUUUUUCGAGCUUGAGACUUUCUGUCCAUUUUCUUUUUCUGUCUAGGGACGCAUGGGUACACUUGGUCAUGGUCGGAAGACCACAAUAAAAGGACGAUUGAUUCUCAUUUUUUUACAACAGUGAGUUAGUUUUAGUUGUGACAGUGCCAAUAGAGAUCCUUAUCAUGACUAUCACCAUCAUCCUCUGUUCAUUUCAGGUACCUACAUCGAGCCGAAAGUUUUCAAUCUGGGGACCCAUGUCAACUGGAAAACUCGACCAUUAGACAAGUACUUCUGUGCUUCUCCUAGUGGUGAUAGACACAACUACGAAAUUUGUUAGACCGUAGCUGUACUAGAACAUGUUAGAAAGCAUAGCUAGAUCCUACAACUUGUGCAUGAAAUUAUUGUUGUCGGUCUGUUACUUGUGGUAUUGAUUGUUGAAGUAACCAGAGUUACCUCAAGUAGUGCAUAGUUGUCGAUUUUUAAUCCCGGCUCUUCAUCACGAGGUAUAUUCCUUGUGUAUAGCCAGCAGGUGAUAGCGAUAGAGGGACAGUUAACAGAACUGAUUCUCCAACUCCAAGGUUCGAGCAAGCGAAGAUGCGAAGGGAUGUGCGCUGCUAUAGCGUAGUCAAACGAGGCUCACCAGCGGUGCACCAUCCCGUAUGUGUCUUCGCAGGAUUCGUAGAUUGGACCAUGGAAAGAGCAGCGAUGACAAGGGGCGAGAUGGAUCGGCUCAUGUAUGCAGCUUGUGCAGCGAAGUAUCCAUGUAGUAGGCCAGCAACAUACGAGGAAUACAUCUCACACGGAAUUAGUGGACUACCAACGUUGAACCAGACAAAGCACGACAUCACAUUCGUGGGACCAGGUAGUGUACCUUUAGGAGUGGGAGUUGUGUUGCGUAAAAAAUUAUCUUACGACCGUCUGUCUCGGACGGGCAUGUGUAAAAUUUACUUAUCUCUCCCUCAUUAUGACGCACCGUAUUGAGAGAAGUGCAUUCUACCAAGUGUUCGUGUUGACGCAAAUAUGAUAUGAUUCAGGUAGCGACAAAAUCGGGCCUGGAGCUCUUGACCAUAGGAAUACGAUUUUCGCGAGAAAAAAAGUCGUCUUUCCAGGGGAUCGACUCGAUGGAAGCAGCGGACAGAUAGAAAUCGACGAUUCAUCAUGUUGGGGCAGAAAAACAUGUAAUUUUCAUUUGUCUUUCUAACUAUUCUUGAUUCUGAAUAUGUUGUAUGAAAUUCCGUCUAUGAUCAUUAAUUUGGUACCUAUCAGUGGCAGGAAUGCAAAAAUUAAAAGCAAGUUGUCUUGCUUUAUAUAUUACUUAACUGAAAAGCGAUCAGACACGAUAACCCCGACCCCCCCCAUCGUAGGUAUCGCAGUGGUCUACACAAACCGUUUGCGGAAGCAGCCGAGUCUGAAACAAUUUGGCGUCCUUCGAAAUACGUUGAAAGUGCGUGAUGGCACCGAUGUUAGCGGGGACGCGACACAAUGGAAUGCGUUUGACCACCUGUACAAGCAGAACGCAAGCGUGUUGCCAUUGUGAACAAACUCAUUAUGGUCAAAUGCGAUCAGCUGCUGCUGUUGGCAGAGGCAUGGCACGAUGAGGAGGUCCACGUGAUUAGGACGAUGAGGGCCCUCUCUUCUCGUUGCUGUAUAGUAACAAGUAGUUUGAACGUGUACCAGCAGGAAUCUUCUAAGUUUUGAUCGUAUUCACAGGUAUCAACAAAUCUAAUACUCAAUCACCUUGUUCAUGUUCAUGAAAGUAUACACGGCACCAGCACUAGGAUGAGUUUCAAUGGCAUUCAAGAAAAUUCGUCAUGCAGAUUUUUAGUUAAGUAAUCACUUACGUCAUCGUUGUUGGUUUAUGAAGCGAGCUAAGACCGCAAGAGUAGUCAAGGUCGCGAGAGUUGUUUUAUGAAGUUGCGCGUGACGUCUACUAACACUUGAGCUUUUUUGUUUGUAUCCAUUGCUUGGAACACUUUUCAUAAAAAUAGAGCAUAUCUUGAUUGUGAUAACGCAAGGAGUCUAUCACGGUUAGCUCUAAGUAUACAUGACUGACAUAGCGCAUCCUCAUAUCCAAGGCGAUUAAUUAUCUGACACGCAGACGCACUGGAUCACAACUUCAUAAUGAAACUUCUUAUCUGAUCUUUUUUGCUUGCUUUAUCCUUCUCAUUUUGCAUUUUCGGUGCAUACUCCUCAAGAACCAAACUGGAAAUUGCCUAUUCUUUACACAUUCACUUAUUCCCGUUCAUCGAUUUUAUGUUUAAGCUUGUUUCUCGUUAACUUUUGGGUAAAGGUGGAGAGAAUGCCGUUCACAAAAAUCUGUUGAAAUGCAGCAUGCUGGUGUCAUGUUGAGGAGUGAGCACUUCAGUCAGCAU